GCGGUGUCGCUAACCAGGAGGGCGCGACCUUCCCAUCAUGGCGCCCUCCCAGCGCGCGUGAGGGCGGGCUCUGCAGACGACGAAGCCAAUGGCGGACCGCGAGAGGCGACGGGGCGGGGAGGACGACUGUCUCUCGCCCAACCCGGAGCUCGGGAGGUGUCUGGAGAGUGAAUUUUCUGGAAGGCGGCUUUAAAGGCGCCGGGCCGGAUCGCAGGGCGUCUGGGUGUCGCCGCCGCCCCGGGGCCACGGAGGGCGCGCUAGCGGCGGGGAGCGAGCCGCGCCGAGACCGCGGGGGAGGCCGCCGGCGACUCGGCAGGAUGAACCACAAGAGCAAGAAGCGCAUCCGCGAGGCCAAGCGCAGCGCCCGGCCCGAGCUCAAGGACUCGCUGGACUGGACGCGGCACAACUACUACGAGAGCUUCCCGCUGAGCCCGGCGGCCGUGGCGGAUAACGUGGAAAGGGCCGACGCCUUACAGUUGUCGGUGGGAGAAUUUGUGGAGCGCUACGAAAAACCUUACAAGCCCGUGGUUCUGCUGAAUGCCCAAGAGGGCUGGUCUGCGCAAGAGAAAUGGACUCUGGAGCGCCUGAAAAGGAAAUACCGGAACCAGAAGUUCAAGUGCGGUGAGGAUAACGAUGGCUACUCCGUGAAGAUGAAGAUGAAGUACUACAUUGAGUACAUGGAGAGCACGCGGGAUGACAGCCCCCUUUACAUCUUUGACAGCAGCUAUGGUGAACAUCCCAAAAGAAGGAAACUUUUGGAAGACUACAAGGUGCCCAAGUUUUUCACCGAUGACCUUUUCCAAUAUGCAGGGGAGAAGCGCAGGCCCCCUUACAGGUGGUUUGUGAUGGGGCCACCACGUUCUGGAACCGGGAUUCACAUUGACCCUCUGGGAACCAGCGCCUGGAAUGCCUUGGUUCAGGGCCACAAGCGCUGGUGCCUGUUUCCUACAAGCACUCCUCGAGAACUCAUCAAGGUGACUCGAGAAGAAGGAGGGAACCAACAAGAUGAAGCAAUUACCUGGUUUAAUGUUAUUUAUCCCCGGACUCAGCUUCCAACCUGGCCACCUGAAUUCAAACCCCUGGAAAUCUUACAAAAACCAGGAGAGACUGUCUUUGUGCCAGGGGGCUGGUGGCAUGUUGUCCUCAAUCUCGACACUACCAUUGCCAUCACCCAGAAUUUUGCCAGCAGUACCAACUUCCCUGUUGUGUGGCACAAGACGGUAAGAGGGAGACCAAAGUUAUCAAGGAAGUGGUAUAGGAUCUUGAAACAGGAGCACCCUGAGCUGGCAGUCCUGGCUGAUGCAGUUGACCUCCAAGAAUCUACAGGGAUUGCCUCUGACAGCUCCAGUGACUCCUCCAGCUCCUCCAGCUCUAGCUCAUCUGACUCAGACUCAGAGGGUGAGACUGGGUCUGAAGGCGACGGGAUGAUGCACCGUAGGAAGAAGAGGAGGACAUGCAGUGUGGUGGGCAACGGGGACACCACCUCGCAGGACGACUGUGUGAGCAAAGAGCGCAGCUCCUCCAGGUGACCACGCCCAGCUGCUGGUGGAGAGGACACUCAGAGGGGCAGGACCUGGGGAGGGCAGCCUGGCACACAGAGGAGGACUGCCACGAGCCGGAGGAGGAGGAGGAUCUUGGAGUAGGAAGCCCCACAGCAUCUGCUGCCACGGUUUGUUCUCUGUCAUAAAGCAAGAUCAUGUGGGUGGUGCCAUUGAGACCCUUUACCUAUUUAAUAAAAG